AAAGCAGAAAUCAAUGUAUCUAGCGCGUAUGGAGUGUAUCUUUGCAGUACGCCAUGAUACGAAAAUUGUGACAAUUUCUCGUUAUACGUACUGUUAUAUAUAAAUAUAUAUAUAUAUAUAUAUAUAUAACGAGCGUAAUAUAUGUGUAAUUUUUGCACAGUUUUGGCCUGUAAUCGUAUAGUUGCUAUGAUAAUGGAAACAGUGAGCUACUGUGGAACACAAAGUAACAUGUGUAAUUAGGGUUGGACGACGUGUGAUCCGUGUAUCUCUUAAUGUAUCCCGUGACAACUGUCCGUCCUAUCUACUGGUGACAAACAUCUUAGUUAUGUUCGAACGUGCGAAUUUUCACAGGCUGUAGAAAGCUGUUGAAUGUAGAAGCAAUGUACUCACCCCGUUGAAAUGAGUUACAAAUUGUUCCUUUGAGUUUUGCGCCGUUACACUGCAAAAUACCGUAAUCUUACCAAAGUUCUAAUAUCACGAAUUCAUCUUAGUAGCUUUGCUUCGUCGGAGUGCUUCUGACUUCUUCGUCUGAGUGGUAUUCGGUAGAGCUAUGCUAAACAACUGGCGCGGCCACAUGCGUAGCGUAAUAUACGCUAUCAACGCUGGCGGUGAGGCUCAUACAGAUAUACACGGUAUUUCGUAUCGACGAGAUCCCCUUCUGGGUCGAGGAGGGCGAGGCAGGAGUGGCGCUAGUAGCGGUGAUCGUGGUACUGCCAGUGCUUUCGGGAGGACCUUGCUCAUUGCACGUUCACCUAUUUCGGAUCAGAUACUGUACCAAACGGAGCGUUACCACACAUCAACUUUUGGCUACGACAUUCCCGUCAGUCAAGAUGGCCCCUACGUUCUUGUCCUCAAAUUUUGCGAAGUCUACUUUGAUGCCCCUGGACAAAAGAUCUUUGAUGUGGUUUUAAAUGGCGACCAUUCCAUCGUGGAGAAUCUGGACAUUUACGCACGCGUUGGCCGAGGAGUCGCGCUAGACAUAAUGGUACCCUUCAAAAUAAAAUCAAAUAAGUUGUUCGUAAAUGGAGAAGUGUCAACACACGCCGGCUCUAUCCGGGUGGAUUUUGUCAAGGGUAAAGCAGACAACCCAAAAGUCAAUGCAGUGGUUGUACUUAAAGGAACGCCAGAUAUGGUUCCUGAACUCUUAGCCCCUCCUCUGGAUGACAUGGGCGAUCCGCAUGGAGGCGCAGGCCGAAGUUCGGACGAAGAUGGUACCAGCUCGUCCCUCUAUCCGCCAACUGCAUCACCCCCGUAUGGCUUCCAGGAAGGGGCCUCGUUGUUACCCGUGUUUGCUGCCAUUGGUGCCUUCGUGCCUAUUGUAUUUUGCCUGUGUCGGAUCUGACCGGUAGUAGUGAUCUUGAGCGAUUCUAAACAAAUUUCCUUCUGUAGAAGCUUUAUUACUUCCAGCAGCUUGACUUAGUGAGCUUUGUUCAAGCUCACUAAGUCAAACUGUAAUUUACCAAGCUUGUUUUCGUUUACAGUAAAGUGGCAGUUUUUCAAGCUGAAGUUUUGAGAAAAACAAAAAUAGUAUGGGAGUUCGCUCAGGCUAGGCUGAAACGAAAAAAAAAUCCAAAACAGUAUGUAAAGCGACAAAUUGCCGUCAUUAAAAAUAAUCCUGUCUUAAUUAAGAAGGGUAAAUGGUUGGUAGCGGACGGUGCCUACUGCCAGCAGGUUGCGAGCUUGUCUUACCCAAUCGUGAUGCUGUACAGAACUAUUGCGAUAGGUUCACAUGAGAUAGAAUUUGAUGAGGUGGGGCAAGCAAUAGAACUAACGAAAUUCGUCAAAAGAUACGCGGUUAUGUAUGAACAAAUCGCAAGUGUCUAUAUGUAAGCGAUUGUAUAUAAUUCCAAUCACCGGUGUUGUACAUUGAAUAACAAUGUCAAGAAACCAAAGUACCUCUUUUGAAUUCUUUAAGUUGCAUUGUGCAGUAGAUCUUUAGGUGCAAGUAUAACCAAUUAACGUAUUGAGUGAGCCACAUCAUUUGUUGAUACGUAUAUUCACUGGGUUCUUUCCGGAAGUAGUGCGUCAUAAGUAAGGCCGAAAAAUAGCGGUUGAACCUUAUGUUCAGCCUCAACCUUACAAGAGUUUCACCUGAUCAUUGUGAUACUGUAUAUAAAAAUAUAAAGAUCGUAAUAAAUAAACGAUUUGUAAAUAUAUUAUGGAAUUCGUUUCUAAUAACCGAAAAUAUCACCGUCGGGUGUUUUCAUGACAGAGUAUGCCAAUGUGGGUAGG